AUUUAUAUGAAGUAUUAUCUAAUAUAAAUCUUAGUGAUGUUGAUGACUACGACGAAGAACAACUCACUAGUGAAGUAAAAGAUGUGGAGUUUCUGAAAGAAGAAGUGCUUAACAUUGAGGAAUUGUUGAAUCUUGAUGUAGCUGAUUUUACAAAUGACUUAGGUGAAAUAGUUUUUAAUAACAACUUCGAAUCUUCUGAAGAGGAACAUAGUAAUGUUCAAAUUAAUAAUACCAAGAGCAAUAUUGAUGAGGAAAAUUGGGAUCCUGAAAAGGAAGUUGAUACAAUGUUAAAUUAA